AUGACUGGAAUCGCUUUACUCGGAGCCGGUUUGUUUGCCAAAGAGGCUCACCUACCGGCGUUGAUGAAAUUGCAAGCAAAUUUGCUGGCAGUGUAUUCACGCUCCGCUCGAUCGGCACAGUCCGUGCUCGCAGUGGCUGAUGAACUGGGCGCCGCGACUUCGAACAUCGGUGUUUAUGCCGAUGAACUGGAAUCUGAGGGGAAUGGACUUGCAGCACUGCUACAGCGUUCAGAGAUUGGGGCUGUGAUUGUUGCACUCCCAAUCCUUGUUCAACCGGAUGUGGUUCGAAAGUGUCUCGCUGCCGGCAAGCAUGUGUUGUGUGAGAAGCCCGUUGCCAAAGAUACAAACGCGGCACUAGAGCUGGUCAAAGACUAUGAGCGUGACUAUCUCCCUCAAGGGCUUGUGCUCUCGGUUGCCGAGCAAUUUCGCUACGAUCGCGCCUUUACUCGUGCUCGUGGACUUGUAACCGACGGACGUAUCGGCAAGCUUAACCACGUUCACGCUCGUGUCUGGGGCAACAUCCAGCCUGGUGACAACAAAUGGUACGAGACCGAGUGGCGCAAGACACCUGAGUACCAGGGAGGAUUUAUCCUGGACGGUGGUGUCCACUUUGUCGCACUGAUCCGAUACGUCUCCGGGCGUGAAAUCACGAAGACUGUCAGCCUCUGUCGCCAGACUUAUCCUCAUCUGCCUCCGGUUGAUACUGUGAACGCGGCGAUUCAAUUUGAUGACGGCGCUUCUGGUUCGCUGAGUUUCUGUUUUGCUUCUGCGAAGGGCAAAUUUGAGUUCAUCUUCGUUGGUGAACAAGGCGCUCUUACGAUCAGUGGUGUGGAUGGUAAAGAUGAUACACAGAGAAUUGUCCUUGAAAGUCUAGAGGGCAAGGUCACAGUUGAUGAGGAGAUUGUAGGUGAAGGUAUUUAUGAGGAGGUCAAGGCCUUCCUGGGAUCUUGCGCUGGGGGUACGCAUGAUGAAAAGGCCGGGGCGCGCGAAGCGAUGGCCGACAUCGCUGUCGUUGAAAGUAUCUGCUCUGGAGGAGGCUCCGUUGAGGUAUUCCGCCAGUGA